AUGGAUCAGAAGCCCCCGCAGGCCUCCCAGCCCUCUGGCCUCCCGCCCUCUCCAAUGGCGCCCCCAUUCAAAUUUCCAUCUGAAGUGCCCAACAAUGCAGCCGACGACUACCUCGACAUGGAUGAUGCCCUCCACAACUUCCUCUCCGCGCUCUGGGACAGCCCAAUACCUGACCCAAGCUUGUUGGAGGACUCCGCUGCAGAUAGGCCACCCGCAUUGUGGGAACCACAAUCCCAGACUGGGUUCGGCGGCACCGCAGAUUCAACCGGUCCCUGGGGGGCCAGACUUGAUGUUGGAAAUGAAGGGGCCAGCAAUGGGGUGGCCAGCGAUGAAGUCGAUGAGGUGCUGGGCAAGGUGUUUGCGCAGGAGGACAAGUGCGCAUUGACCUCUGUUGGGGAAUGUGGCCAUGAGGAGGCCCAGGAGGAAGCCAGGGAGAGGGAUGGUGCGAAGGGGAAGGGGCGGGGGCGGGGGAAGAAGCGGCGGGAGGCGGCGAACCUAGAGGCUGAUGCGGAUGCCGUGAACAAGCCCGAGGGGAGGGCGGAGGCGUGGCAGGAGCAGAAGGUGGCGCAGAAGCAGUUCCGAGAAAAGAGAAAGGUGAAGGUAAAUGGACUUGAGAGGGAAGUUCAACAGCUGAAGGCGUUGUUGGAGAGCCUCCAGCUGGAGAACACAACGCUGCAGGGUCAGAAUGGCAUCCUCCACAAAGUACUGGACAUGAGGAAUGAGCAAAUUAAGGAGUUGCAAGACCGCACCAAAUGCUUUUGGCAUGACCAUGAGGCAGACCAAAAUCAGGCUUCCCUUUCACCAGUCACUCUGUCUGAGCUCCGCAAGGGCACUGUGGUGGAAGUCACGGUAGACAUGCUGAAGAAGAUGCAGCCAGAGGAGCUGAAGCAGUACUGGCGGGAGUAUGCGAACGUGAUGUCGGCAGCCCUUGUGGAAGCAGAAAGGGAUCCUGAUGCGCAAGAACGUGUGGGAAAGCUGGUCAACGAGUUGAUCAUGCUCAGCAUGCGCUUCGCUGUCCUGAAUCCUGUCUGCACGAAGAUGUGGACGACCCACCAGGGCUCAAGCUCGGAAGUCCAGGAGGUUCAGAAGUGGGUGGAUUUCUUCCCCACAUUGUGUUUGACAGAAGCACAAACCCAGGAGAUUAUCAAGAUGAGGUCUGUGUUAUUGCAAAGGCUGCAGAUGGUGAUGGAUGAGCGUAGGGUGCUGGCAGCGACGAUUCGCACCACCGUUGCCAGCUCAACACAAGGGGAAAAAAUAGGGGUAGAACACGUGAAGGCAAAGGAGACAGUAAUGCAGUUGAAGGACAACUUGCGGUCUGAACACGACACCAUGCUUGGCUUCGUUGCGAAAAUGUUGAAGCAGAUUCUGACGCCCAUGCAAGCAGCAAGGAUGGUGGUCCAUGCCUACCCCGUAAAGCCAGACCUACUGGCAGUGGCAUCUGCAGUGCAGCAAUGCGCAGACAGAAGCUAG